CAAAAAACAAAAAUCUUAUUACCCAUAGUUUCUUGUACCACUGUAGUUUAUGCCGUCGUGGCAGCCACCGUUCACGGCUGUACGUAAAUCUAGUAACUUCACAAAUUUGACAAGAAUAUUCCUUCUUAGCUUCUAAACCCAGAAACCAGCUUAAUUUUCUCAAAGUCAACACCGAAAUAUCUAAAUCUAAGCCUGAGACCUGCUGUUACUAACACUUUAAACUGCCACAUUCUGCCGUUAGAUUGUCACUGGAUUUAAGAUGAACUGUCUUCCGGUCGUCCUCAAGGUAAAUUGACUUCGUCACUAAUUUUGAGCGGCGCUGGAAAUGUUCUGCUUGGAGGUUACUGGUGGCUGAAAAUUUUGACUUUGGCUUUGGUUUUGGUCAAUGUAGGUAUUUUACAGUUAAUUUUGAUGGAUAUCUAGGGUUCCAAAUGAGCACCCCAGUUUGGUGGCUAUUUUCCAUCUCAAAUUCGUGGUUAUUGUUCAGUUACUGCUGCUGAUUUUCUGUCAAUCAUUCUAUUCCAAUGCGGGCAUUGCACCCUUGUUUGAGUUAUUUUAAAGUUGACUGCAUUUGUUACUUGGAAGAAACACGGAAAGGGUGAGUUGGGAGUAAAUUAUGGGGCGCGAUUACUGGUUAAUUACUAGAUUGGUGGAGGAAUUGCUGUGAUUCUUUCAGUAGGGUAGAUUAGGGCAGCAGAGAUGCCUCCUUCUCCUGCAUUGAGAAACUCUCCAGGGAGGGAGCUUAGAGGGGGAACCCACAAAAGAUGGUGUAGUUUGGAGGGCGGGUUGAAUGUACAUGAAAAAGAUGAUGACCUUGCUUUGUUCAAUGAAAUGCAGUCCAAAGAAAGGGAUAAUUUUUUGCUUCAGUCCUCGUUUGACAUGGAAGAUUCAUUUUCUACAAAACUGAAAUAUUUUUCAGAUUUCAAACUUGGAGUAUCUGUUCCUGUUCGAGGGGAGACUAGUGAACUCCUUGAUGCAGAUGAAGAGAAAAAUGACUAUGAAUGGUUAUUAACUCCACCUGACACCCCCCUUUUUCCUUUGUUGGAUGAUGAGCCACCUCCAGCUAACAUUCCUCGCAGGGGUAGACCUCGGACUCAACCCAUUUCCAUAUCAAGAUCAUCCACAAUGGACAAGAGUUACAGAAGCAGUAGGGGCAGUGCAAGUCCAAAUCGUUUAAGUCCAUCACCUCGGUCUACGAGUAGCACACUCCAGUCUAGAGGAAGGCCAUCUUCAGCACCUCAGUCCAGUCCAAUAAGGCAACCUACUCCAACUCGAAGACCAUCUCCUUCCCCUAGUAGAAGUUCAACACCCGCCCAAAGGUCUUCCACACCUACUCCACAAAUUACAAGCACGGGGAGAAGGGGAGCAUCUCCUGUAAGGACAAGUAGGGGAAACUCUACAUCACCAAAAACAAGGGCUUGGCAGUCAAAUAUCCCCGGUUUCUCCUUAGAUGCACCACCUAAUCUUCGUACAUCUCUGGGUGAUCGACCAGCAUCGUAUGUGAGGGGUUCCUCACCUGCAUCUAGAAAUGGAAGGGAGGCAAGAUUUGGCAGGAAAUCGAUGUCCCCAACUGCCUCUAGAAGUGUCAGUUCAUCUUACAGUCAUGAUCGAGACCAAUUAAGUUCAUACAGUAGAGGGUCUGUAGCAUCAUCUGGUGAUGAUGAUUUAGACCCUCUACAAUCUAUUCCUCUAAGUGGAUCUACCCUUUCUGUUCCAAGGAGGCUUGGUACAUACACAAAUAACAGGGGGGCAACCUUCAACAAGAAAUCAGCUAGAGUGUUAUCACCAAGUUCUGCUCCAAAACGUUCCUUUGACUCUGCUCUUCGUCAAAUGGCUUAUCGGAAGAGUCCUCCAAAUAUGUUCAGACCUCUAUUAUCUAGCGUUCCAAGUACCACAUUUUAUGUUGGGAAGGGCAGUUCUGCACAUGGUUCUUUAAUGUCAAAGAAUUCAUCUGUUACUACCAGCAGUAAUGCGAAUUGUCAUCAAGGUUCAAGUGCUGUGCUCAAUACUGAAGGAAGUAAUCAACAUGAUGACGGGGCAAGUGAAUCCGGUAGGGGACCUUUUGCCAAUGUUCUAGAAGAGGGUUUUGCCUUUGAUAAGAUGGAUGCAGUAAACCAGGAUGCUAGCUAUGAAACACGUAAUGAUUCACUUAAUAUUCUCAUUGAAGAAGCUGAUAGAGACUCUAAAAUCCAAUGUGACCCCGACCACUCUGGGGAGUUUAGUCAUCAUGGUCUUGAAGUUGAAAUUACUUCAAAUUAUGAUGCUUUGUGUGAAAGGGGAGAUCUUUCAGAAGUUGAUAGUUUUGAAAAUACAAAAAUUUGUUCUAAUUGUUAUAGCAGGUAUCGUGUUAUUGAGCAGGUUGAAGAAGAAACCAGUCUUUGCACAGAUUGCACUAGGCAGCAUGAUAUAGUUGCUGGUGACGUUUCUGAUGCAAAGAAUUACCCAGGGUUGCUUAUGAAGGUUUCUGGAGAGGACAAACCCAUUCCUGAUUUGGAGAUCUCAAUUCAUCCAUCUGAUUCACCGUUGCAAGUUAUUGAUGCACAUUACUCUGAUGAACAUUCUGGUUUGAAGGUUAAUACAUCAGAAGUUGUAGGUAUUUCAGUGCUGUUAAAGAGGUCAGGCAGUAGCAAGGGGCCUGUUGUUUUAGGUAGGACCUUUUCUACCAUACCAUCAGAAGAUCUUUCUUAUGCAAGAGACAGUUAUAACAGUUUCAGAAGCUCUUUUGGACAUGGGAGUGUCUCUGUAUCAUCCUCUGUCGAAUUCUCAUCUAGACAAACUGAUACAUGUGUACAAUUGAAUGCUAGAAAAUCUGAGUUGGAGAAUUACAGAUAUGGCUUGAAUGCGAAGCCACAAAGCUUUACUUUGUCUCAAAGUUCAAGCAAUAAUUACCAAGCAUUAAGUCUUGCAUCUAGCACAAAUGAUGAAAACUUUGAGAGUUCUGUUCGUAGUCUGAAAUUUGAGGAAGCAGAGGAAAUAGCUGUUGUUUCUCAAGCCAAAGCUUCCGAAAAUUCAGAGGUAGAUUCAUCAUUCCCUGCUGCUGCAAUUUCCAAUGCUGCUGCAAUUUCCAAAACUGAUAGUAUUGAGUGGAAUGGAAGUAGCAGAGUAAUCGAUACUUUAACCUCUGAGUCAUUAGAGGACAAUUCAGCAGCACCAUUUCCUCUCAAUGAUGAUGGUGUUUCAUAUGAAAACGGAGACAACUUUUCAAGUAAUGCCAGGAUAGCCUCAAGUGUUGAAGCAUUACCUGCCACUCUAGAUCCUACUCUUGAAGAACAUGGUAUGCAAAAUGAUAUUCCUGAUGGAGUAGAUGCUGUUGAGGGUGCUGGUCACACCUGUUUGACUACAAUCUCAGAAAUAGAAAUUGACAAAUCCUGCCGGAGUUCCUACAGUUCAGAACUUGAUGGCUUGUCUCCAAAUUCUGAGAGGAAAAAGAAGAGAUCCAUGGAUCUGUCUGAUGCUAUACCUUUAGAUGUGGAUAUUACUGCUUCUGUUGAGGAGCAUGAUUCGUCAGAUCACACAGUUGGUGUUUUAGAGGAAUCAACUGUCUUGGUAGAAUGUCGUGGAGGAAGUAAGGCCAGAAGCCUGACACUUGAAGAAGCAACAGACACAAUACUUUUCUGUAGUUCCAUCAUCCAUGAUCUUGCCUACGAGGCAGCUACCAUUGCCAUUGAAAGGGAAAGUUCUGUGCCAUUGGAAUGUUCCAGGCCAACUGUGACGAUCUUGGGGAAAUCCACUUCUGACAGGAAAGAUCUACCGGGCCGAACUGUUGGUAGAUGGACUUCAAAAUCUAAUAAAGUCAGGCAGAGGCGGGUAGAAACUGAUGUAAAAUCCGUGCCUACCAAGACUGUUAAUGAUGAAAAUGCCUAUGAAUCUUCUAAUCAUAAUGUUGAUAUUCCUGAUAAGAUGGACAGUAUGAACCCUCCAAAGCUAGAAUCUAAGUGUAACUGCUUUAUAAUGUGAGAGCAAGCCUUUCAAUCAGACCAAACACGCAGCGCUUCACCAGCCUCCUUUUGACUUUGCUACUCCAAUCUUAUUUGGAGGGAUUGGCAAGUGCUUUGGAUUUUAAAUUCAUUUUGUGGUUAAAUAUAUUGGCAAUGGGUUGUCUGGUUCCAAAUUUAUUUGUAAGAAAUGCCACCGGUUGCUGGUGGUGACAUAAAUUGUAAAGUUCUUUAGGUUGAUAUUAGUAUAGGCAGUGUGGGGUGGGGGCAUUUGUGUUUUUGCCCCAUCACCAGAUUUGUUGUUAGUUAUCAGUGUUUGUUUUGAGUCCUGUUCUUUGUUGGAGAAAUCGUGAAUUAAUACCCUACCCCCUCAUUCAUAUUCAAUUAUCAUGACUA